AUGGCGGUGUCAAAGAUAGCGAACGGAGUACGCAGGCGCCAUGUUUCGCGCCUCCUUCGUCCUUUCGUAGCGUAGUUCGCUCUUUACGAUGCCGGGUUGCUGUGCCCUCCGGUGCAGCACAGGUGCAAGCGACGGCAAGCGACUAUUCCGUAUUCCAUCUGCCAAGCGAGACGCGACAUGGAGGAAAUGUCUGGCUUCAAAGAAUCGGCCCGGGCUGAUUUCAACCCGACGCAAUGGUCCCGGCUCUGUGAGACCCCUGUAUGCCUCAGAGAGUGCGGUACCUUUCGCCGUGAGCUCUGCUGUCUUCUCACCACUUCGUGGUGGUUUGCGCAGACCUUCAAUCAAGACAUCGCCUGGUGCCACCGGCUCAUCACGAUCCUGACCUCCGGGAUCGGUCCACACAAGAGGUGGCGUUUCUACCAGAAAGCUCUUCUUCGUGCCCCGCGUCCACCGCCAGCGUUUCCCGCCUUCGUUCUGGAACGCGCACUCUCUACCUAUGCGACGGGCUUCGGUUUGCAGGCGAGCUGAGGGAACACCUAACGGCCACACCUGCGUAGCGAAGAGGCGCGCCAGAGGCCAAGGCCAAACAACUGCUCCUUCACGCCUUCGCCGCCCCGCACCCACUCCACAAAGCGCGGUGAAAGGUCACGUGACGCGUGCAAAUCUCCGGGAGAGCAACAGCCGUCUGGACGUCUUGUUCGAGAAAGAUAAGGAAGAGGAGAGACAGUGAGAAACGGUUAGUAAAGAGAAGGCCAGCGGAAGCCCGUCGCGGUUUCGCUCGAUUGCCGCUGGGAGGCGCCAGUCGUCUACUGAAGACUCGCGCUCAAACCCCGGCCGCUGCUGACUACGCGAUGCCCUCGCCGCACCUUCUUCCUCCUCUCGGAUAACUGCGGGCUUCAGUCCCUCCCUUCCUUCGGUCACUCCGCGUAUCUCUCCAUCUGAUUCCGAGCCACGUCGUCUGCUUCCCUCCCCCGGUGGCCCAGACGAUUCCCUUUCUCCAGGGCUUUCCCAGCGGCUCCCGGGAGCGCAUGGCGGCGGAUAGAAAAGCGCCAGCGCCUGCGUGAGCGACUUGAUAUCGGUCUGCGACGCGCAACGGUCACGGUGUGCGCUUGCUGCGUGCGCGCUCUGCCGAACGCUGUUCGCGUGAGCUCGUAACACGAGCACGCAAUGUCGUUCAUGUCGUCUGCAUCGAGAGUGUCUGCAGACGUAUAGGACUUUCGGCGUCUUCUGCAACGCACUGCUUCCGAAGCACUUCGUCGUCUGCUGGUGCUGUGGCGCUAGAAUUUUCGCUCCCCGUGCACGUGUGAAGCCGUGAACUUGGAAAAACUCUACUGCUUUCCUGAGGCGGCCGCUUUGCAUCUACGUGCAUCGGCUGUUGGGAUCACUCUUGGGCAGGACUUCAUCUGACUGUCGAUACAC